AUGGCAGGCUAGGAGGAGCGGGCCUGAUUCUGCGCUGUCCGUGCAGGGAUGUCAGCAGGGCACAGGAGUCCUGCGGGAUCUCUGUCCUGGAGAGAGUUAGCUGCCCUGCACGCCACGUGAUGGAAUCACUCCCAUGCACGGGCCCAGGGCCAGACCUGUGAACUGCUCGUCCCAGAGGAUGCUCCAUGCAUUUCCUGGAACAGGAUCUUCAUAAGGUGUCGGGGGGGACUUCAGAGCCCCAUAGCCUGACUUGCUCAUAGGGAUUAAUGGCUGCUCCUGCACACCCUCUCCUCUCCUGCAGCUUGCAAUUCUGCCUCCCUCUCUGGGCCAGUCCCGCCAUCUUCCCGGCAUCCAGGCACUUUCCUUUGGAGAAAAGUUGGGAGAAGUGGUGAGCAUGUCAUGAGGUCACACAGGAAAUGUGUCAGAGACCGUUAAGGAGAUGAGGGCGAACGGAGAAACAGUUGAGGCAAAGGUCUUUUUUUUUAUUAGGGAAGGCUGGCAGGUUCCAGGAAGGCUGAUUCCUUGCAUGGCAGGUACUAGUUAAUGCAGAUAAGACUCCCGUGCCAUCUUGGAGGUGUUGCUAAAUCCACAUCCCAGGUGCUGUCUGCUGCUUUUAACCCUUUGUUGCCUCCUACAAGAGCAAAAAGUCAGGGUGGAGCUGAAUCUUUUAGCAGCUGCUGAGAAUUAGACGCUGCUCCCCGUAACCUGCAGCUUCCCCCAAACCCUCUCUUGAGCCCUGUCUCAAGUCCUGGAGCCUUGGGCUGUCUUUAAGUGUACGGGUGUCAUCCUCCUUGACGCCCCUCCCUGCUCUUUUCCAGUAGCAAAGGCAGAAUGGGGCAAAUCAAAGGGGCAUUGGGCUGGAAAGCAGAAGGAAUCUGGGCAGCAGCACUCUUGAUACUGGAGAGGAUGGUCCAAGGCACUUGGACCCCAGCAGACACUGGCAGUGAGCUAUCUUGGGCGUUCACUUGGUUUACAGGAGUUGGAGGUUAGGGUGCUCGCCGGGAAGGAGGUUGGGGGCUGGCAGCAUGCUGACAGGGAUGUAGCUGCCGGUCCCAGAUGUGCGCAUGUGCAAAAGGGCUGCUGUGUUCCAUGUUGCAAAAGAAGAAAGCACUGCAAGAAACUAUAUUGAGAAGGAAACCGAAAAUGAAAGUUCCUCUUAAAUGAUGGCCACAGUCGCAGCCUGCUGCUUCCUACGGGUUUGGCAGACGGCAAAUGUGAAGAAUCACUUGAGUCAGCUGCUUCUCUGGCACUGGACUCCUGUGCUCACCAGCCGUCCUUCAUACCGAGCAGCCAGGUUUGCAUCAGAAUUUCCCUGUUAUCUGUGGCUGAGCUCUGGGUCAGAGGCAGCGGAUUGAUGUGAAACACAGUCGGUUGCACCGAUAGACCAAACUCUAAAACUCCAGAGGCAGCUGAACUCUUUGGCUGGAUGCGUCCGCAUCCUCCCCAGUGCUCAGCACAUCCUCUGGGUGUAGCAGCAUGGGGUACAGUAGAAAUUCAUACUGCUUCGCUUACCCACGAACUCCAGAGAGCCACUCCAAGGCUGGUCUUGCUUCCUCUUGAAAGACACAGAGGCCUUCCUAGGCAAGGUGGGCUGCAGCUGUAGCCUUGCUACGCGCCCGAGGAGGGGCUGGGGAUGGCAGCGGAGGAAGCACGGGAGGGUUUCCUCUGGGGAGGAGGGGACGGGGGCAACGUGCAUCCGCUCCAAGCGCUCCCUGAGCUGUCUCCAUCACGUCCCGGAGCAGAGAAGAGCAAGGAGAGGAGCAGCUCUGGAGCCUGGGUCUCUGCUGAACUGGGCAAGUGGGAGCCAGCUCUCCUCCCAACUUUACCCUCAGUCUCAACUGCUGAUCCUCAUUGCGUUUUCAGCUUUUCUGUGGAUGGGGAUGUUUGAGGUUGGGGAGGAAAAGGGAAAUCCUGUCCUCGGAGGCGUGUAGGAAAAAACAGCAUCUCCGUCUGCGUGUCACUGCUGCUCAGGGUCCCUGAAUGCAGCUAUGCAAAGACACGAUGGCUUUCUAAGCCAGGCUGAUAAGCUUUGCAUUUCCAGCCCCCCAUCCCCACCUUGACUGCAGGCCGUACUUCACAUUACUGCUUGUGGUCUCAAUUUAUUUUCCCUUUUGAAUAACCUUCAGUGUGAGGUUGUAAGCUCGGACCACGUGUUGCACUUCUAAUCUUGACAUAGGUGGUUAUUUAUCCAUGACCAGCACUUUGUUAAAUUUUUGCCCAGGAUACAACUGAAACUUCUGGGUGCUGAUGUGUCUUCAUGAAUUUAGACCUGGUGCAAAUCAGAAAACCCACCGGUUCAGCCCUGUAGAAGUCUGGCUUGGGAACAUGUACUGGCAUGCCAAACAGCAGGCUAGGACCUGCAGUGAUCUCUCUCUAACCCUGACGGUAACCGCAUGGCCUCACUUCCUUCUCUGCAAAAACCAGAGGGUGAGGUCAGUGCGAUGAGCAGAAGGGUAAAGGAGCUGCCAUGAGCCCUGAACUACAGAACUGGGCUUAGGAUACCUGUGAAGUUCAGGGGCGAUAUGAACCACGCGUUUGGUUCUCACUUAAUUUUCUUAUUCUGAGAGGAGCUCAGAGUAAGAAACAUAAAGAACGGGGGGAAUUAGAGCCUCUGGAUUUAGGAAAAGAGAGCUCAUCUCUUGUAGAAGUAGUGGAAAACAAGCCGGAGGUGCUUGCCAGGAGAUGUCGGCACUGUCGCUGCAGCUCCGCGUGGGAGCCACGGCAGCUCGGUGUGGUUGCAGGUCGGUUUGCUCUUGCCGCGCUCUGAACCGUCGUGGUUGCAGGUGGGGGUAGCAGCAGCAGCAGCAUUUCGGGCAGCAGCAGAGCCCCACGACUCAGCUCCCAGACACGUUCCUCCGGGUGCAGCCAGGGAGUCGUAGAACCCUUUGUGCCGUGAUUUUUUUGCAUUCAUCCCAGCGUGAAGCCACUGCAGAUGCAGCUGUUGUCUGGGCUGAGUAAGAGCCGGUGCAGCCCGUGGCACUUGCUGAGUGGGUCAGAGGAGAGCUGGGCUCGUUUCCAGCAAGGGUGGGGAGGUGGCGAAGCGGGGUAGGGAGUUGGGUGACUUCUCUCUUCUGGCAUAUGACUGUCCGCAAACGUGUUACUGAGAAGAGGCAGGAAGAGAGGAAAAAAAUCUAGCCAAGGGACUUGGUGUGGCCAGGAAUCACGGAGCAAGUGUGCCGGGAAGGGAGGAGCCAGGUCGCUGGCAGAGAUAAAAGCAGGCAGCGUUGCUCUUCUGAGCACUUGGCUCAGCCGGAGGGGCUUCCUAAGGCUGGCCUGGGAGCUGUGUAAGGGAGCAAGAGGCCGCCAGGCUCCCGGGUCCCUUCUGGCUGCUCAUAACCUGGUUCGCUUACUGUCUCUUGUCAUUCCAGGUAAAGCCGAUACUCCCAAGCAUCUCUCUGCAAUGGCCUCAGGGAACGACGGUGACCCACCGAGGGCCCACAGACGCCGGGGAAGCAACAGGCGCAGGCUGUCACAAGAGCUCAACUCAGAAGACCAGGUGGUGGAGGAGACGGAGGAGGUGUUUCGGAGUUAUGCCUUCUACCGCUACCAACAGGAGAGAGAGGAGAGAGGGGAGGAGGUGCCCAUGGACCCAGAGAUUGUAGAGAUCCAGCAGGAGCUGGGCAGCACCGGGAGCCUGGUAGGAAGGCGCCUGGCCAUCAUCGGUGACGACAUUAAUAAGCGGUACGAUGCGGAGUUUCGCUACAUGCUGAAAUCCUUGCAGCCCACCAAGGAGAACGUCUAUGAGCACUUCACCAGAAUAGCCUCCAGCUUGUUCGAGAGCGGCAUUAACUGGGGCCGGGUGAUUGCGCUGCUGGGUUUCGGCUACCGCAUGGCCAUCCACGUCUACCAGCACGGCACAAGGGGUUUCCUCUACUGGAUCACCCGCUACGUCUCGGAGUUCAUGCUCCGCAACCGCAUCGCCCAGUGGAUCGCCCAGCAGGGAGGAUGGGUGGCUGCACUCGAGCUGGACAAUGUUUACAUGAAGUACAUGCUGGUGGUGGUGGCCCUGGUCAUGGUGGGGCAUUUAGUGGUACGACGCUUCUUCAGGCCCUAACUGACGUGGGGGCAGAGGCUGGGGGGGUCCGGCCAAGCUCUCUCUCAAAUCUCUGCUCUGCGUUGACGUCUCCCAAGAGAGGGGGAAAUUCGAGGAACCUCCAAGAGAGAGAGCAGCUUGGACCUGUGACCCUCCCACCACGGGGCCCAGGGUCUCUGCCAUCUAUGCAGACACCACCAGGAGCUAUGGGGAGAAGAACUGGGGGAAAGGCUCAACUUUGUUGCCUGUUUUAUGCCUCACUUAACUGCUGAGGACACUGUGAUGGUCCUAGCACGCAGCAGCGAGGCAGAACAGGCUCCUCUGGAGUCAAGAGUCCGAGGGAACAAAUGUGUUGUGAUAAUGCCAGCACGUAUGUGUGUGUGUGAGUGCGUGGGUCUUGUCCGCUCCGUGGGGCAGGUGCAGAGCUCCCCAUUUGCUAAUGGCUCUAGCCCAGACCAUCACCACAUUUGAGGAGGGAUUGCAGCCUUGGUUGCUGCAAUUGUUGUAAGUCACUGGAGGGGCAAGCCAACAUUGGCCCAUGCGGGGCUUGCUUUCACCUUCCCUCUGAUCCUGAGCCCAAGUUCUUGAGCAUUCUCUUUCCUUUUAACAAGCAUCCCUACCCCUUUUUAAAGAAACACACAGACUACCUGUCCUCUGACAGUCGAUGGAAACAUCUGGCAGCACCGGCAGGCAGGUUUUUCCCUGCCGCAGCCCGAACCUGGAGACCUGCAGUUCUCCUGUGGCUGAUGCAGGUGCUGAGGUGCAGCCUCACCGCCCUCCGUGAGCUCCAAGGCUGCGUACCAGCAGACCUAGGAAGCACCAGCAGGUUUCCAAACACUAAAAAGCUGUGGGGUUACUAGUGGUCGGUGUAGGCAGCCUGCCUGCCUUCCGUCCAGUUCUGCUGGAGGCUUCCAUUCAGUAGACUUGGAUGCUGGCAAACAAGCAGCCCAAGUGAGACCAGUUGGUCUCCCUUGCUCUCAGUGGGAGGCACUGGAGUUGCAUCCCAUCCCCACGUCAGCUCUUUGCUUUCUGAGCUCAGCUGGGCAGGAUGAGUGCAGGCAUGCCCUGGUUAAGCCCAGGGCUGGAGUGUUUUAUAGCAGCCCAGAGAGCAGGACCCAGCGUCUUUGGGAAGUGACUUCAGCUUGUUCUGUUCAUGACUAAUGCUUGAGCAUGAUUUUUGGGGGAGGGAGGGAAGCAAGCUCCGCUCUCCCAUCCCAAAUCUUUCUGACUUCUAUAAAAUAGGGAGAGCGUCCCAGCGUGGACCGCAUGGUUUAGCUCUGUUCUUUUUACUCCAGGUGACACUGUAAGGCUUGAAACUGUGACUGGCCCUUGGCUGAGCCAAACUCACCCUACCUAUUCCAGCAUCACCCAUCUCCUAGAGCAGGUCAGCCAGCUGGGGGAGGGAGCCGGAGGGACCUCGGAGGUAGGAAAUGAGCAGUGGUCCUCGGUCUGGGCUCCUCUCCUAAUGCAGACAGAGCCCUUCUGGGCUGGAGCCUGGGACAACGGGAGUCACAGUAUCGUAGCCCUAAAGAGGCUGAGCCUCCUGCCCUCUGGGGCCUUUCCGCGGUGGCUGGAGCGGGGAACUUGCCUGGUAUUGCUACCGCAAAACGGGCUGAGUGACCACAACUGACAGCGCUCCCACUCACCCCUGCGGCAUGGGGAUCGCCAGACUGGGGCAGAGCCCGGCUCACCUGCAGUCUGCCUGGUGUCACCCGCUGCGGGGACCACCGUGAGAGCCCAACGGGGGUCAGGGAGACCUUCAGAGCAGCCCAUCUGCCCCACUGUAACAAAGGCGUUCCGGACAGACAGCUGUCUAACCUGUUUUUAAAACCCUCCAGUAUUGCCUCCCCCAUAUCACUGAUUCUUACCUUAAUCUUUACCUUCAGAUAGAUUUCUUCCCCACGCCCCCAAUGCCUAUCCCUCACUGCAGUUUAAGCUUGUUACUACACGUCCUGUCCAAGCACAGAGACAGGACACCUUGCAUCCUUUCUCCUUGCAGCUGCAGAGGCUUAGCAGGACCAGCCAUAAUUUUAUAACACUUACGUCCCUCAUGUUCCUGCCUCUUUUAACAUAAGAAUAGCAAACUUCUCAGCCUAUUUCCAUAUCAGGGUCUUUCUGUGCUUAUCAUUUUGACCCUGACUGUUUCUGCAGUAUCCCUUUCCCUGGUGGAAUGCCCUGGACUGUGCUUAAUAGAAAGCAUUAAAAUAUUUGCUAUAAUAUUCCUCUUCUAUAUCUCUCUGUUUUGGUUGCUUUAUUUGUUUUAUCUGUGCUGAGCAGCACAAAUCCCCAGUGGAUUUUCCAUGCUCAGGUUUUGCGGCCAUGCUGACUCUUUGAGCAGCUGAAUGCCCACCGAGCUCGUUUGUCCCCUUGCAAAUGUAUUUAUUGCUUUGCAUUUAUCCACACGCAACUUCAUUUACCAUCGUGCCACCUGGUCACCCGUUUUGAGGAGAUCUGGAGAUUUCCUCAAGAUCUCAAGAGUCCUCUUUGGUGUGAACCAGUCUAACCAACUUAGUAUCAUCUGCAGUUUCCCAUCCCCACUCCUUACCUUC